GACAUUUUGAGCUCCUCUUCUCACUGACAGCGUAAAUUUAUUUACAAAGUUUUGUCGUGUCGGCUUUUCCGCAACACAAUUUUUCAAUACAAAUUGUGAAAUAAAUCGUAAGAAAACGGUGAUUAAUCUUGCAGUUUGUGCAUUUUUCGUAGUUCUCAGCAGGGACACAUUGAAACAUGACUGCUUUCGAAGAAUUUGGCGUCAUGCCGGAGAUCGGCAAAGCGAUCGACGAAAUGGAGUGGAUGCUUCCAACGGACGUCCAAGCGGAGGCCAUUCCGCUGAUCCUGGGCGGGGGCGAUGUGCUGAUGGCUGCCGAGACCGGCAGUGGCAAAACCGGUGCGUUCUGUUUGCCGAUUCUGCAGAUCGUGUGGGAAACGCUGCGUGACAUCCGAGAGGGAAAGGCCGGGAAGGCGGUUGGCAAUAUGGGAAAACCGUGGACACUGUCGUUUACGGAUCGUGGUAAUGCGAUGGCCGUCACGCCGGACGGGUUGCGAUGCCAGUCACGGGAAUUCAAGGAAUGGCACGGAUGUCGAGCGACCACUGGCGUGCGCGGAAAGGGCAAGUACUACUACGAGGCCACAGUUACGGACGAGGGUCUGUGCCGUGUGGGAUGGAGCACUGAGAUAGCCAAUCUGGACCUGGGAACGGACAAGUUUGGAUUCGGAUUUGGCGGCACGGGAAAGAAGUCCAAUUGCAAGCAGUUCGACAGCUAUGGUGAGGCGUUCGGGAAAAUGGACGUAAUUGGGUGCAUGUUGGAUUUGGACCGUGGAGAGGUCAGUUUCACGAAGAAUGGCACUUCGCUGGGCUUGGCGUUCAAGAUCAACGAUGCCAAAAUUAGAGAGUCUAGCUUUUUCCCAGCUGUGGUGUUGAAAAAUGCUGAAAUGUCGUUCAACUUUGGCGAAACCGAUUUCAAGUAUGCCAUUCCGGAUGGGUUCGUGGCUGUUUGCAAAGUUCCCCAUGAUUAUCUGGCGGUCAAUCCGAAUACAGGAAGCGAAGCUGCAGUUGAUUCCAAACCCAAGCCCAAUGCUCCACAGGCAAUUGUAAUUGAACCCUCUCGAGAGUUGGCCGAACAAACGUUCAAUCAGAUUCAGAAGUUCAAGAAAUACCUGAAAGAUCCUGAGGUCCAAGAGUUGUUAUUGAUCGGAGGAGUUAACAUCAAGGAUCAGAUGGAAGUUUUGCAGCGAGGUGUCGAUAUCAUUGUCGGAACUCCCGGUCGUCUGGAGGAUUUGAUCGGCAAUGGCUACGUGCUGCUGAGCGGUUGUCGAUUCUUUGUUCUGGACGAAGCUGACGGUUUGCUCAAGCAAGGCUAUACGGAGCUCAUCGAACGUUUGCAUAAACAGAUUCCCAAAAUUACGGCGGACGGUCGUCGCCUCCAAAUGGUCGUUUGCAGUGCUACUUUGCACUCGUUCGAAGUCAAGAAACUCGCCGAAAAGCUGAUGCAUUUCCCGACUUGGGUCGAUCUAAAAGGUGAGGAUGCCGUCCCGGAAACAGUCCAUCACGUUGUCUGCAUGGUCGAUCCCCAGAAGGACAACAGCUGGCAAUCGUUGCGCUCUCACAUUCAAACCGACGGUGUGCACGCCCGGGACAACGUCCGACCCGGAUCCAACACGGCGGAAACCCUCUCCGAGGCGGUCAAAAUGCUCAAGGGCGAGUACACUCUGAAUGCCAUCAACGAGCACAACAUGGACCGGGCAAUUAUUUUCUGCCGUACCAAGUUGGACUGCGACAACCUGGAGCGCUAUUUGCGGCAGGUGGGCGGCAACAAGUACUCGUGCGUUUGUCUGCACGGUGACCGGAAGCCGCAGGAGCGCAAGGCCAACCUGGAGAAGUUCAAGAACAAACAGGUCAAGUUCCUGAUCUGCACGGAUGUGGCGGCUCGUGGCUUGGACGUUACAGGACUUCCUUUCAUCAUCAACGUCACCCUGCCGGACGAGAAGAGCAACUACGUGCACCGAAUUGGUCGCGUUGGUCGUGCUGAGCGCAUGGGAUUGGCCAUUUCGCUGGUUUCGACCGUCCCCGAGAAGGUCUGGUACCAUGGACAGUGGUGCGCCUCGCGAGGCAAAAAUUGCUGGAACACCAAUCUGACCGAUGUGAAAGGUUGUUGCAUGUGGUACGACGAGAAAAUGUACCUAGCGGAAAUCGAAGACCAUCUGAACGUGACCAUCCAACAAAUCGACAAGAACCUCAAGGUUCCGAUGAACGAUUUCGACGGCAAGGUGGUCUACGGUGAGAAACGACUGAAUACCGGCACCGGGUACAAGGAUCACGUGGAACAGUUGACGCCGGUCGUCAAGGAGCUGGCCAAACUGGAACGCGAGGCGCAGAAUCUUUUCCUCAAGCGAAUGACGGUACAGUAAGAUCGUUUAAGGUAAGGUAAUCUUUCUACGCUAUUUCCUAAUCUGUCUAAUCGUAAUAUAUAAUGGCAAGUAACAUAUGCGAA